AGCUGAUUCAGUGACAUGGAAUCCACAUAAACUUAUGGGAGCUCUGCUUCAAUGUUCCAGUAUUCACUUUAAGGAAGACGGACUACUGAUCAGCUGUAACCAAAUGUCCGCGGAAUACCUGUUUAUGACGGACAAGCUGUACGACGUGAGGUACGACACUGGCGAUAAGGUCAUUCAAUGCGGGCGUCACAACGACAUUUUCAAGCUUUGGUUGCAAUGGCGCGCCAAGGGAACAGAGGGUUUCGAGAAGCACAUGGAUCGGCUGAUGGAACUGGCGGAGUACAUGGUUAGAAGGAUUAAACAAAUGCCCGACAAAUAUUAUUUGAUCCUCGAACCUGAGUUAGUGAACGUCUGUUUUUGGUAUCUACCUACGCGCGUACGAAACAUGCCACAUACCGCGGAAAGAAUAAAAAUCUUAGGCGAGAUAUGUCCAAUUCUGAAAGGUCGCAUGAUGCAAGCUGGCACUCUGAUGGUUGGCUACCAACCAGAUGAUCGACGGCCCAACUUCUUCAGGAACAUCAUUUCCAGUGCCGCUGUAACGGAGGUCGACGUCGAUUUUCUCCUGGCUGAGAUGGAUCGAUUGGGCCAUGACUUGUAAGAAAUCUGUCCAUAUAUAGGCAAUGUAGGCAUUAAUCGUACGAUGUGCAGCGAUUAGCCGACUGGUACACCAAAUCCAUGAUUUGUCUGAUAAUGCAUUUUUCGCGACACGUUCUAAAAAUGUUAUAAAUUCGAGGAUCAGGUCAUAAAAUUCAGAAUCACCAAUAUGAACGUAAGGCAUACGAAGAAA